AUGGCGUGGGAACAGAAUCACACCACAGUGACACGAUUCAUCCUGCUGGGCCUCACAGACCGGGCAGACCAAAAACAACUCCUCUUUGCCAUCUUCCUGCUGAUCUACUCUGUGACUCUGGUGGGCAACCUGGGCCUGAUAGACCUGAUCCGCGCCAGCACCACCCUCCACACCCCCAUGUACUUCCUCCUGAGCGUGCUUUCCUUCCUUGACGUCUGCAAUUCCUCCGUGUUCACCCCCAGGCUGCUGAUCAGCUUCCUCACCACUAACCAGUCCAUCUCCUUCAUGGGCUGUGUGGUCCAGAUGGGCCUCAUGACUCUCCAUGGCUCAGGAGAGUGUGUGAUGCUGGCCAUCAUGGCCUAUGACCGAUUCGUGGCCAUCUGCCACCCUCUCCUCUAUCACACCAUCAUGUCCAGGCGUUUGUGUAUCCGGCUGGUGGUGGUCACCUAUGUUACAGGGGUAUUCAUUUCAGCAGUGCAGACAGGGAAUGUCUUCAUCUUGCCUUACUGUGGUCCCAACAUCAUUGAUCACUACUUCUGUGACAUCCCCCCUGUGCUCCAACUGGCCUGCUCAGACACCACCAUAGCCAGUGUCAUCUUGCUCAUCUUUUCUUCCUUGAUCACUGUCCCCACAAUCUCGGUCAUCUUGGUCUCUUAUGCCUACAUCCUGGUCACAAUCUGUAGGAUGAGGUCCCUGGAGGCCCAGCGCAAGGCCUUCUCCACCUGUGCCUCCCACCUCACUGCCCUCUCCCUUUUCUAUGGGCCUGUGUUCCUUGUAUACAUCCAACCUAACCCUGAAAGUGUUUCAGCCUAUAACAAGAUCCUCUCUGUGUUCUACACCAUUGUGAUCCCCAUGCUGAACCCACUGGUCUACAGCCUACGGAAUAAAGAUGUCAAGGCUGCUGGACAAGUUACGGUUCUUAACCUAAGCAGAAAAGGAAUUUGUUAG